AUGGAGCUGGGGUGGGUGCUGCUAGGCUAUGCGGUGGCGGCAGAGGCCGUCAUGCUCCUCCUGCUGACCAUCCCGGGGCUCGAAAGCCUCCGGGUGGGGCUUGUGACAGCGGUCCGGGGCACUCUAAAACCGCUUCUCUUACUGCUGCCCUUAUGUCUUUUCCUCAUGGUGCAGGUCUACUGGCAGUGUGUGUGCUGGCCGGCGGUGGCCUCGGAGCACGGCUGCACCCACUCUGACAACCUUCAGCAUGAGAAGUCUCUCGUCGAGAGCAACCUGAAUGCCAUCCUAAUCGCCACUGCUUUUCUCCUCUACUGGCUCCUCUUCUCCAUCACCAACCUUUUGGUCCGCGUCCACCAGCUCGGCCAGCAACUCGAGACACUCAAAAUGAAAGGCUGACUCUAGGGGUUUUACUUCUUACCGUUACGUAUAUUGUAACUCUAAUAACUGUGACAAGUAAAUAUAUGAAAAAUUGAUUGUG